GUAUAUUGUAAUAUAAUUUUCAGCCCGUGAUGAGCCUGAGAUAUUUUUUGAGUUAAAACAAUAAAUAAUUGUUGUUUACAAUAUAAUAUUAACAUAAAAAAUAUUAAAUUGUGCGCGUGAUUUUAUAGUUGUAUGUUGUUUUAGUGUCUAGGUAAUUGUGCCCUGGCCAUCAGCAUCUUCCAAGUUGUAUAAUAAUUUUAAUUGCAUCAAAACUGAAAACCAUGAUCAAAGUAAAAGAAGAAUAUGAACAAUCCAAAGAACUUACUACCAAAGUCGAUGAAGAAAAAACAAAAUCUAAUUUUAUUCCAGAAAAUGAAAAGUCAAAUAAUGGUGUAGCGCCCCAGACCUUAAAUGAUGUCAAUACUUACAAUGUUAUAAAUAAGUACAACGGUACGGCUGUGAAAGUUGAAAAAGAUAUAUUGAAUGGUUAUUGUUUCGAGUCUGUUGUGGAAAUUGAAGAAAACAGAUUUUUGGAUAUAAAACUGAUGAAAUACGAAUUGGACAAAGUACGGAAUUUUGUUUGUGACAUUUGCAAAGAAGCGUUUACUACUAAAAGAAAAGUGGCUGGGCACAUUAGAGAAACACAUAGUGUAAACAGGACACUCCAGAAAAGUUGUGGAAAAAAUGUUGUUGGAAACACACUUAGUAAUCGAAUUGCACCGAAGAUAGACAGUAAAAAUUCUGCAAAAAAACUGGGAUUGUUCCAUUGUAAUUUGUGUCAAAAAUCGUACAUCACUAAAAAGCAAAUAACAUUACACAUAAUACAAGCCCACCAAACAUUAACAAUCAAACCCUUGUCACGAAAACCUAUCUCUAAACAUCGCAAUCGGAAUACUAAAGCAUUUAAAAAUAGUGACAGCCAAAACUUUAAAUGUAAUUUGUGUUCAAACUAUUUUAAUGAAAGAUCAGAACUCAAAAUACACGAACGACGCGUGCAUACUGGUGUAAAGCUCUACAAAUGUGACUGGUGCUCAAAGUCAUUUUCUUUUUCAUGUCAUCUCAAAACACACAUACGCAUGCACACUGGUCAAAAGCAUUACAAGUGUGACAUAUGCUUAAAGUCGUUUUCUGAUAAAAGUCAACUUACAAUACAUCAACCCGUGCAUACUGGUGAAAAGCCAUACAGUUGUGAUAUGUGCCUAAAGUCAUUUUCUGUUAAAUCUAGACUCACAAAACACAAACUAAUACACUCUGAUAUUAAGCCAUACAAUUGUGCCGUGUGUUUACAGUUUUUUAAUGAAAAAUCAGAACUCCAAGUACACGAACGACGCGUACACACUGGUGUAAAGCCCUACGAAUGCAACGUGUGCUCAAAGAGAUUCUUUGUUAAAUCGGGACUCAAAAAGCACAAACGCACACACACUGGUGAAAAGGCAUUCAAAUGCAAUGUGUGUCAUAUUUCAUUUUAUGAAAAAUCCCACCUUACAAAUCACGAAAAAGUGCACACAGGAGAAAAGCCCUACAAAUGUGACGUGUGCCACAAGUGCUUCUCCUACAAGGGCACUCUCACUACACACAAACGCGUGCAUACUGGUGAAAAGCCCUAUAAGUGUGAUGUGUGCAGAAAGAUUUUUUCUCAAAGUGGCCACCUUGCUCUACAUAAACGCGUGCACACUGGCGAAAAGCCCUACAAAUGUGACUGGUGUUCAAAGUCAUAUGCUGAUUCAUCCCACCUCAAAACUCACAAACGCGUGCACACUGGUGAAAAGCAUUACAAGUGUGUCAUAUGCUUAAAGUCGUUUUCUGAUAAAAGUAAACUUACAAUACAUCAACGCGUGCACACUGGUGAAAAACCCUACAGUUGUGAUGUGUGCCUAAAGUUAUUUGCUAGGAAAGCCCACCUUACACUACACUCAAGCGUGCACACGGGAGAUAAGCCUUUCAAAUGUGAUACGUGCUUUAAGUCAUUUUCUCAGAAAUCUAAUCUCAAAUCACACAAACGCAUGCACACCGGCGAAAAGUAUUACAAUUGUGAUGUGUGCCUAAAGCCAUUUUCCGACAAAUCUCAAAUUAGAAAGCACAUGCGAGUACAUACUGGAGAAAAGCCCUACAAAUGUGAGUUUUGCGAAAAAGCAUAUUCUCAAAAUACUUGGCUUCAAAUACAUAAACGUGUGCACACUGGUGAGAAGCCCUUCAAAUGCACUGUGUGCUUAAAGUCAUUUACCAAUGCGAGCGACCUUGGAAAACACAACCGUGUGCACACUGGUGAAAAGCCCUAUAAAUGCUCCAUAUGUUUAAAGUCGUUUGCUCAAGUGUCUUACCUCACAAUACACAAGCGCGUGCACACUGGUGAGAAGCCCUUCAAAUGUGACGUGUGCAUGAAAUCAUUUUCUGUUAAAUCCAGCCUAACAAUACACAAGCGCACACACUCUGGGGAAAAACCCUACAAUUGUGAUGUGUGUUUAAAGUCAUUUGUUUCUAAAGGUGACCUCACAAAACACCAACGCGUGCACACCGGCGAAAAGUGUUACAAAUGUGAUAUGUGCUUAAAGCUAUUUUCUGUAAAACGUGCACUUACAAAGCACAUGCACCUACACACUGGAGAAAAGCUCUGCAAAUGAGAUGUAUUCUUGAAAUUGUUUUCUAAUAGAAAAGAAUAAAUGUAAAACCUUUGAGUUAGAAAUUAUCUUUAAAUAGAACUUUUUAACCUCGUUUUUAUGUAAUUAUAAUUUUUUAUUUUAGGAACUAAUAACUAGUUUAUACCUAAUAUUAAGUAACACUUAGUGUGUAAAUAACCAAAUACUCUUUUUAA